AUGCUCGAAUCGUCGAAUGGCUGCUUCUAUAUGGGAUUCAUUGGUGUGCUGGAUUUUUGGUUCAUAGGCCCACGACAGAAUGGGUCACAAAAGCGCCUCGCCGCCAGCGUCGCAGGCGUCGGCAAACGCAAAAUCUGGCUCGACCCCGCUGAGCAGGCCGAGAUUGGCAACGCCAACUCGCGCACCCACGUCAAGAAGCUUAUUAAGGAUGGAAGGGUUAUCAUCAAGCCUACCACCGUCCACUCGCGCGCACGCACACGCGACCUUUUGGCUGCGAAGCGCAAGGGCCGUCAUACUGGCACUGGUAAGCGAAAGGGUACCGCUGAGGCCCGUAUGCCUACCAAGGUUCUGUGGAUGAGGAGACAGCGUGUGUUGAGGAGGUUGCUCAGGAAGUACAGAGACGCUGGGAAGAUCGAUAAGCAUCUCUACCACGUCCUCUACCAGAAAUCGAAGGGUAACGUCUUCAAGAACAAGCGUGUCCUUAUGGAAUAUAUCCACAAGGCCAAGGCCGAGAAGAGCCGCACCAAGGUCCUCAGCGACCAGAUGGAGGCUCGUCGUGUCAAAAACAAGGCUGCCCGCGAACGUCGUGCUGCCCGCCUUGCCGAGAAGCGCUCAGGGAUCCACGCCGUCGAGCUCGAGACAGCGAAGGAGUAA